AUGUUGCAUCUUUGGAAGACUACAAACUUAUACAGUCGAACCACCUUUGGGGUUGCUUCCAAUCUCUUGCGAGAGAAGCCAAGUUCUUGGACUUUGGCACCGAUCGCUUUGAACCUCCGUUGGAGCCAUCAAUACGCGCCCCGUCGUGUCAAGUUUAAAAAGGCACAAAAAGGACGAGUCCACGUUCCCACAGGCGGAUCUACCAAGGGAACACAGCUGGAAUGGGGAGAAUAUGGUAUGCGACUCUGUGACCGAAGCAUCCGUUUUCGAGCCAAGCAGCUCGAAACCGCUGAACAGGUCAUCAAGAGAAUUUUAAAACCAAUUAAGAAUGCUAGUAUCUAUACGCGUUUCACCUGUAACAUCCCUGUCUGUGUGAAGGGUAAUGAAACACGUAUGGGAAAGGGAAAAGGUACUUUUGAAUAUUGGGCCGCGCGUAUCCCCAUUGGAAGAGUAGUAUUUGAAGUUGGUGGAGAAGGCUUGCGUGAAGAAUUAGCUCGACAUGCUCUUCGACAAGCUGCGUUCCAUCUUCCAGGAAAAUUCGAGUUAGUCACCAAAACCUCUCCUAAACGACUUGGCACUACAUUAAUUCAGGAGCAGGGACACAAGAUGUCCUCUUUGGAAACUGCAAAUCAAAAAGGAAUUUAA